AUGAAUGUCUGGAUAGACAUGAAGGAAAAGCACCAGAAGGAUGUCGACGCGUUUCUUGCGGGGAAUUUCACAGUACCAGUAGACACAGAAGGGCCUGAAGACGGGCAGCAGCAGCAGCAGCAGCAGCAGCAGCAGCAGCAGCAAGGAGGAGCACAGAAGGGAGAUGAAUUUCUGCCACAGCAGCAGAUCUUCUGCGGCCUCCGCAGACAGCAGCUUCUGCAGCAGCAGCAGCAGCGGCAGCAGCAGCAGCAGCGCAAUUUGGCUUUAAAGAUGGAGUUGCAGCAGCAGCAGCGGCUCCAUGUCUCUGGGCCUCCUGCGCGGAGCCCCUUUGCCGCCACAGCAGCAGCAGUAGAUACAACAGCAGCAGCAACAACAACAGGACGCAACAGCAGCAGCAGCAAUCUAGCAGCAGCUGCUGCUCCCUCCUCCUCCCCCUUCUCACGGCCAUCUGUUUCUUCCGUGGAUGGCACCCUCUCCCACAGCCUGCACCGGAGGAGCAGCAACACAAACAGCAGCAGCUGUAACAGCAGCAGCAACAGCAGCAGCAGCAGCACCAACAACAAUAGUGUUGGAUUCGAGUCUGCGGCUCUGCGUCUUGCGGCUGCUGCAGCAACAGCCAUCAACAGCAGCAGCAGCACUACAGGAGAGGAACCGUUAUCAAUCGGUGCUCGACACCAACAGCAUCAGCAGCAGCACUUUGCUGCUGCUGAGCUAGUCUCUUCAGGGCUACACAGCAGCUCUCAGCAGCAGCAGCAGCAGCAGCAGCAGCAGCACGCUAGUGCCCUGAUGGGGAAAAAGGGCCCCUUGCUGCUUAGUGAGCUCGACACCCCAUUUGAAGUCACGCGCAGCAGCAAAGCAGCUCGCUUUUUAGCGGGUGGCUCCCCUCCGCACCACCAGCAGCAGCAACAGCAGCAGCAGCAGCAACAGCAGCAUGGAGCAGCAGCAGGCAUGCCAACAUCGAGCAGCGGGAAGUUGCUCCCUGUGUUUCCCGAUAGCUCCACUGCAGCCCUAAGGAGCAACGCCAGCAGGUCUUCUGUUGGCAGCAGCAAUAGCAGCAGCAGCAGUAGCAGCAGCAGCAGCAGUAGCAGCAGCAUUACGGGUCUUGCUGCAACACACUGCAGCAACACUCACAGCAGCAGCAGCGGGCCGCUGCUCUCUCUGCCGCUGUCUGAUGCAGGAGUCUCUUCAACAAACAGUAUUAGUGCAACAACAGCAGCAGCAGACGCCCACAGCAGCAGUGGUGACGGCGGCGCAGCAGCAGCAGCUGCUGCUGCAGCCGUUGCCGCAACUGCAGCAGCAGCAACGCGUAGCAGAGCAGAAGCAGCAAGGGCGAUUGCAGCUUCUCGAGAGCUGCUGCAGCGGGUGGGGCGCGUCUUGGGUUCGCGACCAGCAGAAGGGACAGCAGCAGACACAGCAGCAGCAGCAGCGGGUACAGGUCCCCUUGGGGUUCAUGCGCAGCCAACCUUGCUGCAGAGCUCAUCUCUUGCUGCUGCUGCUGCAGCAACGGUUCCUGCUGCUGAUGCUGCUGCUGAUAUGCAGGGCAACUUUUUUGCUGUGUCAUCCAUGGCAACUUCAUGGACGCACGACAGUCAGCAGCAGCAACAACUGCAACAACAACAGCAGCAGCAGCAGCAGCCGCAGCUGCUGCAGCGGGUAGCACAGACCCACCGACCGUCAACUGCUUCGGAGGCAUUGGGGUGGUCAUGGUCCGAUGAAAAUGCUGUUGCAGCAGCGCAGCAGCUGCUGCUCCCGCAGCAGCAGCCGCAGCAGCAGCAACAAAUGCAGCAGCACCAACAAUUGGAGCAGCAGCAACCACUGCAGCAGCACCAGCAGGUGCAGCCGAGGCUAGGAACUCAUACUGCAUGGGAUUCAUUGAGGCGCAGCCUCAGCAGCAGUGCCAGCAGCAGCAGCAGUAUGAGCAGCAGCAGCAGCAGCGAGGAAGCAGAAGAGUUAGGGAAGAGGAUUAUGCCUUCCUUUCCUGCUGCUCCUCAAGCGGAGCAGCAGCAGCAGCAGUUUGGUAGAGCAGCAGCAUAUCCAUCAGUUACUGUGUCUGCUGCUCCGUAUUCUUCAGGCAGCAGCAGCACCAGCAGCAAUAGCAGCAGCAGCAGCAAUUGCAGCAACAACAACAGCAGCAAGCCUGCGGAGCAGACAGGGAGCAAUUUUGUAUCCAUGGGACUGGGAAGCCGCUGUACAACGGCAGGGGGAGCAACUGAAUCGGGGACGCCGUCUCCAACGUCAGCAUCACAAAAUUGGAGCACGCAGCAGCAGCAGCAACAGCAGCAGCAGCACCUGCUGCAGCCGCAGCAAGACAGCAUCAUUGGCAGCAAGAAUUAUGCAGGCGUUAAUUUAGAUGGCUUUCCCCCACUGCCUGGUGAUGCUGCUGCUGCUGCAGAUACCUUGCACCACAAUCAGCAACUGGAGCAGCAGCAGCAGCAACUGCAGCAGAUGCAGCAACAGCAGCAAGACGACACUCUCUCUUCGUCUUCCUUGGCCUCUUCAGAGGUGGAGGCGGUGGCAGGAGCCUUGGAGUCUAGCCCAGACGGCGCUGCAGCUCUGCUGUCUUUAAGCUAUCAGCAGCAACAGCAGCAACAGCAGCAACAGCAGCAACAGCUGUUAAUGCAACAAUCCCCCACAAGAAUACUUCGCCCUUACCCCACGUUGUUGGAUAGGCCGCAGGCUUUGCAAGCCUCCAGCAGCAGCUGCAGCACGAACAGAUCCCUUGUCCCCUUCCCUGCUGCUGCUACUACUGCUGCUGCUACUACUACCGCUGCUGCUACUGCAACACAAGACUUGCAGCAGCAACCAUAUGUCGCCCCGAGCAGCAGCAGCAGCAGCAGCAAUAGCAGCAAGUGGCUGCUGCAUCCAGUUGGUCCUUUGGCCCAGACAGCGGAUUUUGGGCGUUUCUAUGAGGACUCAUCGCGUGCAUCGUCUCCUUCUUCUGGGGCAGCAGCAGCAGAUGCAGCAGCGGCAGCAGCAACAGCAACAACAACAACAGCAACAGCAAACGGAAGCCACCAGCUGGCGCUGCUGGCCUCUCCUGCACCUUCCUUUGGGAGCAGCAGCAAGCUGUUUCAGCCUCAGAGUCCUCCUGCUGCUGCUGCUUCUUCCGACGGCGGCAGUCCUGUGUGGUUGCAUCGGCAGCAACACCAGCAGCAGCAACAACAACAGCAGCAGCAGGCGCAGAUGGUGCAGCUGCUGCAGCGGCAACACGUAGAAGAGCUGCGCGACAGCAGAGAGAGAUUAAGAGACAACUUAUGGUCCCUGCUGCAGCGGCUGGAUAAGCUGCUGCACGAAGCCGACCUGCAGCCGCUGCAGCUGUGGAAGGCAGCAAGCUGCUGCCACCCAGCUCUGCCAGCAGCAGCAGAACAGCAGCAGCAGCAGGAUGAGUUCGCGUAUGAAGUAGAGACAACUGAGGUGUAUGUACAACAGGUUGUAGGCUGCUGUGCCGAGGCUGUCGCCCAAACCCUACAGGCGCACCAGGCUCGGGGGCAGCUGCUGGUGCAGGUGCAGCAGCUGCAGCAGCAGCAGCAAGCAGCAGCAGCAAAACACAGUGAAGCGCUUUCCAAGCUACGGAAACAAAAUGACACUCUUGCUUCAGAGGUGAAUGCUGCACGUGCUGUUGCUGCGGACCUCCAACGGCAAGCUGCUGCUUCAGCAUCGCUGCAGCAGCAGCUAGUAGCAGCAAAGCACAAGAAUGAGGAGCUGCAACAGCAGCUACAGGAGGCAAAGAAAAAGGCGCAGCUGCAGCGGGAAAUGAUCACGGAUAGGGACAACCAAAUACGCGUGCUGGAGCAGCGCGAAGCAGUGGCCGCUCGGCAGCAGCAGCAGCAGCAGCAGCAGCGUGCUGCUCGGUUUGUACAGUCAGGGCUGAUGCACCGACGGGGAUCUGCUGGAGGUCAGCAGCAGAUGCUUCUAAAAAGAGAGGCUCUUGAUGUGGCGAGGCAAUACGAAGCAAAGGUGGAGGCGAAGCAACGGGAGAUUGACGGAUUAGCAGCAGCUCUGAAAGUGGCGCAGCAACAGCUACAGCAGCAAGUUGGCAGUGGCGCAGCAGAUGCUGCUGCAGCUGCUGCAACUGCAGCAGCUACAGCAAUAGCAGCCGCAACAGCAGAGGCACAGGAGGAGAAAGCUGCUGCUGCUGAGCUGCAGCGUAGGGAAAAACAGCUUCAGCAUCAGGUGGAGCAGCUGCAGCUGCAGCUGCAGCAGCUGCAAAAGAAGCAGCAGCAGCAGCGCAAGCAACAGCAGCAGCAGCAUGAAUCAGAGGUAGAAGCUCUUCGAUCGGAUGUGGCCAUGCUAACCAAAGCCCUAGAGAAGGAGAAGGCGGAGAGAAUGAAGGCCGAAGCUGCCGCUGCGGUGCGGCAGCAGCGAGACGAAAGAGUUGCAGCAGACCUGCGGGCCACAAAAGAGGAGUUGGAAGCAGAGGUGACGGAACUUCGAUUGAGGCCUUCACCAGAAGAAGUUGCUGCCCUUCACGAACAGCUGCGAGAGAUGAAGGAGCAGCUGAAUCCCCUUAAGGAUUCAGAUGGCUGCGGAGAUCCGCGGUUUCUGAUGCGCUGCGACAAGUUACUGCAAGGAAUGCAGCGGGAGGCCCUUCAGCAGCUUGUGAAGAAGUGCUGCGCGGCUUUCCGGUGUUUGCCUUCAAGUCUAUCAGGAAUCGCGUCUCUGCAGCAGCAGAACCAGUUGCUGCAGCAGCAGCUGCUGCGGGUGCUGCUGGCGUUGGUGCUGCAAGCGGUGCCUCCUACAGACUCUGAGCUACUGAAGAGUAUGAAGAGAAGAUUAAAGCAGCAAGGGGCCCCUAAGGUGACAACAGAGUGCUGCAGCAGCAGCCUGCAGCAGCAAAAACUGCUCUUCAUCGCCAGAGCCCUCUCCAAACUCAAGUGUCAUGCGAAAGCCGUACGCUCUGCUGCUGCUGCUUGUGCUGCUGCUGUUGCUGCGCUUGGUGGCAUUCACGAGCUGCUGUGCCUGCGUUUUGGAGUGCCUCCUGCUGUUGCUCAAGCGCGCAUGGCGCGGUUAACUAUGGGUUCUGCUGUUACUGCUGUUCCUGUUGCUGCAUUUGCUGCUGCUGCUGUUGCGUGUGAUGUUUGGGAGCAGUUGAGCAACUACACGGCGCUUCAACGUUUGCUGCGGGACCUUGUGGGUCCUCCAGGGGCUUGCCCACUUUCCGUGGAGGAGCAGCUGCAGCAGCAGCAACAACAGCAGCAGCAGCAGAUUGCUGCGUUGCUGGAAGAGUGCUGCGCAUUGAAGCCCGAGGAGCCUUUAGAUCUGCUGCAGGAGCAGUCAUCAGUUGAGGAAUUCUUCUCGCGUCUCGUGUGCAUGCAGCAGCAGCACGAAACGCAGCAGCAGGUUUUGCUUUCAGCAGCAGCAGCAGCAGACGCUCAGGCCGUAUCAUCGCUUCGGCAUAUUGUGCAGCAGCACCAGCAGCAACAGCAGCAGGAGCAGCAGCUGACGGCGGAGCAGCAGCAGCAGCAGCAGUUCCUCUUAGAUUUGAAGACGCGUCUUGGCUAUAAAACAAUCGAUGAUUGUGUUUCAGGUGUACAGACAGCUUUACGCCGCCAUAGACCCCUUGAUACUCUAUUCAGAUCUGUAUGCGACCUCCUGGGGGUCCCCCGCAGCACCGCAACUUGUUCACAGGUACAAAGCAGCAACAGCAGUAGCAGUAGCAGCAACAGCAGUAGCAGCAAAUGCAGUAGCAGUAGCAGCAACAGCAGUAGCAGCCAAGGGUUCUGCCGGGAACAAGACAGGGAAGUCGUGCGGCUUUUGGAGAGCAGCAAGCAGCACACGGAGAUACUGCAGCAACAGCAGCGUCUCAUCGUGCAGCAGCAAGCUAUCAUAUUGAGUAGCAGCACGCUUGUCCCUCCUGCUGCUUUAGCUGCUGCUAACGCUCAAAUAGCAGCAGGAGAAGCUGCGGUUGCCCAACAACUGCAGCUCCCUCCUGCUAGUACGCAGCAGCAGCCAGCUGCUACCGCUGUUGCAGCACCCGCAGCAGCAGCAGCUACCAGUGAUCAGCACGGGUCUGCUGCUUCUAAGGAGACAGUUGCUCGCGUUCUAAGCGAGCUGCUGCACUCUGCCAUUCAUGGCCGUUCUACAGUUAAUGCAGCAGCAUAG